AUGCCCUCCAAACCACACGUCCACAUCCUCGGGCUGGGUAACAUAGCUCGUUAUCUAGCCUUUGAGCUCCUCUCAACAAUCAGCAAGCCUGGUAUCUCCCCUCGGAACCUCCAUCCCCCGCGUCUCACCCUGCUCACCCACCGCCCAGAGGAUGUAGCCGCUUUUGAGAAGCGCGCGCUGCGCUCCAUCUGGUGUCAUGUCUUACAUGAUGAGGCCGAGGGCGAGUUUCAAGUGAUGGGAAGGACCCAUCCUAAGGGGGAGAUUAGCGUGCAGUUCGUAGGGGAUGAGAGUGCGAAGGGGGAGAUGAUUACUUAUCUGGUGGUUGCCACGAAGGCGCAUCAAACUAUUGAGGCGUUGAGGGCAGUGAGAGAUAGGAUUGGGCGGAGCGCGAGGGUGUUGUUUUUGCAAAACGGGAUGGGCAUCCCCUCCCUCGUCAGCGCCAUCCUCUUCCCCGACCCCUCUACGCGCCCAACCUACCUCGCAGGCGUCUGCACAGCCGGCAUAAAGCCCACAGUGCCCCCCUACCCCUUCUCCUUCCACCUCGCCGGCCAAGGCGACCUCAUCUUUGGCAUCGUCCCCGACCCCGAUGACCCCCUCCCUCGUUCUCGCACACCAUCCUUUCUCGAAGAGCAUCUCCCCCGCUUGCCCCACCUCAACGCCUCUCUUGUGUCGCCCCAGGAGCUGCUGAAGGCUCAGCUGAGGAAAUUGAUUGUGAAUGCGACGAUUAACCCCCUUACUGCCUUGUUAAGAUGUCGGAAUGGUGAGGUAUUUGGCACUCCUGCCCGGAAAAUGGUUCUUGAGGCGCUGGUUGCUGAGGCGGGACCUGUCAUUCGCUCUUUGUUGGAAGGUUCGGGCAUCAGAAAAGCUGAAAUUGAAAACGAGUUCUCGGAUGAAGAGCUGAGGAAUGCUGCGGUUAAGGUCGCAGAGGCGACGGCGGCGAAUGAGAGCUCUAUGUUGCAGGAUGUUAAGCAGAAAAGGGAGACGGAGGUCCGGUGGAUUAAUGGAUGGGUUGUUGAGGAGGGUAAGAAGAGGGGGAUGGAGUGUCGCUGGCAUGAGGAGGUUGUUAGCUUGGUUGAGAACAGGGGACAGGGGGAGAGGAGGCUGUUGGGGGAGGUACUUGAGGGGCGGGGAAACGAUGACUGA